AUCAUCAUUUUUUAUUAUAAAUAAAGGAAGUAGAAAAAAUUUUAUUUCCAAAUUCAUCGUCAUUGUAUCGAAAUGGUUAAAUUGAAACAAUAAAAUCAUCACCAUCACCAUCGCCAAAGGACAAAAUUGUAUUGAACGUAUCGUAAGAAAAAAGGCUUGUUCAAAUGUUGAAAAAUGAAAAAAAACAACUUGUGAUUUGUUUUCAAAAUGGCAAAAAGUGAAAACGAAAAUAUUCAGAUAUCUGCAAAGAAGAAGAAGAACAGCAAUUCUUUUCUUUAGUCACAGGAGAUUUGGCCAAUGCCAUAAAAUGUGUAUAUGGAAUAACUUUUGCCAAUAUAAAGCAACAAUUCGAAUAUAUACUCCAGGGACAAAAAAAAAAUCGAUUUGAUUUUCGGUUGGUUGGUGUAUAAAAAUUGACAACAAAACAUGUGGACAUUUUAAUUUUUCAACAGUCACGGUCAGUGAGUAAAAAUUCAGUUUGAUUUAUCGUCGAAUAUUUAUUUUUUGUUUAUAUGUCUCUUUGUGUUUGUGCAGGUCUCAUCGAUCAAAAAAAAAUGGCAGAAUCCUUGGAUGAAAUUAUUGAUAUCAAAUUAUUUGAAGAUGACUUAAAAUUUAUUGAUCCUAAUUUUAUCAGAUCAAUUGCUUCAAUUUUCAGUUAUAAGAUUUAUUGCGAUUCUGAAUAUCUAAUGAUAACCACCGAUGAUUCUAAAUAUGUUUAUGGCAAGCAUAUAUGUGAAUGGCUAUCGUUGAAAUAUCAUCCAAUAAGACCACAACAGAUAUCACUUUUAAAUGAUGUGAAAAUCGUUCAAGUAGAUUAUGGCUAUGAUUUUAUUGCCAUUCUAACUGAUGAUGGUCGAGUGUAUCUUGCAAGCAAUGAUUCUAAUUGGAAAACGAAUAAAACAUUACGAUGGAUUUCCGAAGAUAAUGAUGGUUUCAAGAUGAUUGCUUGUGGAAAGUAUCAUUUAUUAAUGCUGCGACAAGAUGGCCAGGUUUUCGCUAUGGGUAGUAAUAGUUGUGGUCAAAUAACUGGUAAUGAAAAAUCAUCAUAUGAAAGAAUGAUCCACAUUGAUAACCAAGAAAAUGUCGAGCUCAUAGCUUGUGGAGGGUUUCAUAGUUUAUCAACAACUAAUAAUGGAGAAAUUUAUUCCUGGGGACAAAAUAAUUCUGAACAAUUAGGUCUCGGUGAUAAAAAAAAUCGAAACACCCCAAGUCUUGUGGAAUUUCCUAAUGGUGAUUCUACCCGCAUCAAAGAUAUUAUUGGUGGCAUCUUUUUUUCAUUAUUCUUAUUCGAAAAUGGUCAGCUUUGGGGAUGUGGUUCUAAUAGAAAUGGUGAACUUGGUCUUGGUGAUGAUAUUAAACGAUCAAAGUUGAUGAAAAUACCGAUUGAAAAUUUACAACAAAUUACAUGUUCAAAAUUCCACAACUUUUCAUUGGCAUAUGAUGGAUCAUCGUAUUAUGCAUGGGGCGAAACCAAAUCUGGCAAAUGGUCAUCACCUGUAGAAUUGAAUGAUCAUCCCGCAUCAUUUGCAGCUGCAUCGGCAAUGAUUCUAUCCACGCCAAUAACAUUUGGCCUCACACCAACAAUCUAUGCAUUCGGAUCACAUGAUUCAACGUACAAAUCAAUCCUCGGAUUAUUCGAUAAUCAAAAUAAUUAUGAUGUGGAAUUUAAAAUUAACGAAAAACGUAUCAAGGCCUGCAAAUGUUAUCUGAAAUCUGCAUCGGAAUAUUACCAACGAAUGUUUUCCGGUAAUUGGAGUGAAAAUGAUCAAGUACCCAUCGAGAAUUAUUCAUAUGAAACAUACUAUGCCUAUCUACGUAUGUUGCAUACGGGUAAUAUUUAUAUUGAUCGUCAAAACAUAACCGAGAUUGUUGAUCUGGCCAAUUGUUAUGGUGAUGAAAGGUUGAUGAAAUAUUGUGAAACAUUCAUACGGAGUGAUCUAAAUGAAAAAACUAUGCCCACUUAUCUUUCAUUAAUUAGCAAACACGAAAUGAAGGAAUUGCAUAAUAAACUCACUCAUCUUAUUAUCGAACAAGUGUUGCCCAAAAUUACCGACAAUCUUCUGCAAAAUAAUGAAAAAUCUAUUGAAUUUCUCAAUUGGUUUUACGAUCAACAAACAAUUGUUUCAACAGAUGUGAAUCAUUGAUCGAGUUCUUGUAAAAAAAAUACACACAUACAUACAUGAUGAUCUAAUGCAAAAAUUCUCUUUGUUCAAUUAAAAUAUUUUUUUUCCA